AUGGGCAACGGCCAAUUCAAGCUCCUCUUCCCCUCCCACGCCAUGCCCUUCACCAUCCCCGGCAACGAGAUCCCCGACAUCGUCUCAAAGAUAAACGUCAUUCUAGAGGACAUGGAGCAAAAAGGCGUCACCAAAACCGGCGGCUUCACCAUCCCCGCCUCCGACGGCUCCAGCGCCAUAAUCCAAAUCGACAUGCCCACCCCCAGCGACUGGAUCCUCGUCGACGUCGACUCCUCAAUCGUCAUUCAUAAGGCCUUUGUGAGGAAUAUGGUGAGGAGCAAUGGCACGUACAUGGUGCUGCCGAUGAAGGCCGCGGGGCUCAACGCGGCUGAUUUGAAGGCGGCGUGUGCGAGGGUGGCGGCUGGGCCAGCGGUGACUCCGGUGUCGUCGCCGCCGCCGGUCUAUCAGGAGGCGGCAACGGGCGCGGCGAAUUCGGCGACGACGCUGGGGGUGUGA